GCAACACAGGCGGAUGUGUUCACGAGUGAAUUCUUGUGUGAGCGCGAUCUUGGCGAAAUCGGUCAGUCGCUGUGAUUUUUCCCAGUUGUGUCGUAUUUGGACAGUAAAAUCCAUUUUUCUCCUCAACCCAGACUCUCAGUACAAUUGAGGUUCUCUGAGUGAAGAAAUUUUGUGCACACGGCAAAGAGAUAAGUGACUCCCAAUGAUGGUGCGCAUUUGAAAGUGUUACAAGAGCAUGAAUUGAUUCUUACUUUGAGUGAUGCCCACUCUCCACAUGGACCAUUGUCGAAUGUAAUAUAAAGUGAAAAUACAGACAUUUUUGCGUGCGGUUCAUCUGACAAUUGCCGUGACCGUUAGAAUUCGUGAUAAAAGAGACUUUUUACAGCAUUUUCCAUUGACGCAGAUCGCGAUUUGAGGCUGAUCUCACAUAGUGUGCAAACCAGUUUAUUGGACAUAAAGAGCAACCGUGGCUGGAUUUGCCAAAGCCAGUUAAAUAAUAAUGGAGGUAGCCAUCGGUAACGCGGCCCCACCUUUCCAGCGCGAGGUUCGAGAGUGGCAGCGAGUGGAUCCAAAUACGGGAGCCUUGCUCACGGGUCGCUUGGAGGCUGACCGAUGGAUAAGGGAUCACAUGAACACUUAUGGAAAGGUGGUGGAUUCACAGAACGUCUCAACGCCCAACGGGACACACCACAGCCAGCGCAAGCAGCUGGAGGUUCUGCAGGCCAGGACAGCCACCGGAGGAGCCGUGCAGGUCGUCCGGUCGCAGACAGUUCACACCUCAUCGUCGCGCUGGAACUCAUCGGCCAAGCAAAACGGCAUAAACGGCACGAAUUUCACAUCAUCGGCCCAUUCGAGCCCACUCAGCUUUCAGCAUAAGAAAUUGCACGGAGAGACGCAGAAGACUGUAACUCCUUAUGCGCCGGAGCCCACAUUGCCAGCAUCAUCAGCGAUGAAUUCCACGUCGUCGCCACCGUCGGGUGGUGUGGGUGGCCAUCGCAAACAGCUGGAUCCGAAUGAAAGAGAAACUGCGGCACUCAAUUCGCAUGGGUCGCUGAAUCGCGGAAAGAGUGUCUCCAACGAGGAUCUGGCGGAUGACGAUCCCGAGCCGUGCGAGUGGAAGCGCGUGAGCAAAAUACGACGAUCACUUCAGUAUCCAAAAGCCACCAGUCCGGCCAAGUAUAGCUCGCGGCCGCUGGACUUGCCUGAGAACUUAGUCAGCGUGUCGCGAAUUCGACAAGAGCUCGAGAAUGGGCGUCGCUUGGAUCGUGCAAUGCGCAACAACCACGUCGACCUUGCAGCUUUAGACAGUAUUUUAAAAGGUGCUCCAGACCCAGAUCACAAGCCGGAGGUGAAAAGCACCAAGAAGGCCACCUUCAUCACUGCCGAGUCCCUGAAGGAGAUUCGCGGAAAAUUGCGGAAGCUGAGCGAUGAGAGUCUGUACAAGGACGACAUCCUGGUGCAGAACGACGAAGACGAGGUGAAGAGGAACGGACUCACCAUGAAUGAGUCACGCACUGAUGCAAUGCAGCCAUCGACCUACGCCAGUCAUUUGGCCACAACAACGCCAAGCGGUGGUUUCGUGUUCAAGCCGAAAGUCAUGGCGAAUGGGAAUAGCAACAGUCUGCAGUCGCGGAACAAAGUGAAAGAUUUGGCCAACAAUGAGUGGCAUUACAGGAGGAAGUCGUAUGGAUUUGAGAAGAUGACUCCGCCGCCGGAAUCCAUGACGUCCCGCAUGGAGACGUCCACGGACAGUGGAAUUGGCAGAUCGGGAGACAUCUCGUCCUCCUGGUCGCCAACGGAGAACGCCCCGCGUGGCACAGUCAUCACUCUGGCGGGGGAUGAUGGCAAAGAGGCCCUGGGCAAGUCCACCAGCGUCACUAUUCUCAGCAAUGGAGGAUCUCAGAUCAACAGCGUCGUUACGCCCCUUCGUCCCAAUUCGAUAUACUUCAAUGGAAAACCCGAAGAGGUGAAGAGACACUCAAUUGCCGUCGACGAGAGCAAGUACGUGAAGGAACCGAUGAGGAGGACUUUCGAACCAGCCAAAACGUCGUCAAUCCAUAUCAACGGAUCUCCAGGAAGCGACUCAAAGACCGAUGAUGAUCUCAAAAGAGGACAGAAGAGAGUUGAAUUUUGCAAGACCGAAGUGCACUUUGCGGCCGAGUCUGGCAGAGUGAACAUCAUUGAGACGGAUGGAAAGCCUCCGCCAACCAACAACUUCCGGCGACGCCGCAGGUCGUCAGGAGGAAGCAUUGGAUCCACUUACUUGGAAGCUAUCAAAUCGGGGGUUCCUCUCACGCACUUCGGAGACUCUGAACAACCGCCGGAGCAACCGAAACCAUCCGCAGAUCUUGAGAACAACAUAAGAUCAUCUCCCACUAUUACAACCCCAACGGUGACAACAACUACGAGUACUGCUACGAAUGGCGUGAGGAGCGCCAAGGAAGAAGAAGAAGACUCCAAUGACGAGAUCUCCCUGAGAGGAAUCCUGAAGAAUAAGCCCGUCAAGCCGAGGCCCUAUCAUCUUGGCGAGAAUAUUGAGAACAGCGAGAGUUUGUGGGGCGUUCGUCUGAGGCCAGUCUCAACGGACUGCACUCUCUGGACCCGGGACGCCAGUCAGAAGAGCCCUCCUCUGAUACCCGACGACUCUGACUGCAACUCUGGCUUUCAUUCAGACUCCAAUGAGUCUGUGCGGAGUGUCGCCGAGAGGGUUCGCAUUGUGGAGCAGCUGCGAAACAAGGACUCCCCAACAGGCUUCUCAACUAAAGUGAACCUGACCAGUUCGCAGUCCUUCAAUUGGCCACUCAGGGAUGAGACCAAUCCAAUGCCACAAUCGCGAUUUACUGUUCAUUUGACUGAUGGGGAGAGUGACGAGACUGGGCUGAUUGGCUUUGAGAAAUCCCACGAUAGCUCUCUCAAGUCCACCACCUUGAUUAUGAAGACACUCAAGUCGGCGCAGCAAUUCGAUGAGGCAAUGGCCAAAUUGGCAUCGGUCAAUCCGGCCAUUAUUGUGCCGCAGUCGAAAAUCACGGAGAAAGACAUUCCGACCGACUUUCAGAGGGGCAAUCGUCUGUCCAGCUACUCAGUGGCGAAGUCCAGCAGCGCCAGCAACAUCUUAGGAUCCGUGGCUAAGCUGAAAGUGAAGGAGAAGUACUCGUCAUCUCUGGACGGAAACGGGGAUUAUGACAGAGAUUGGAACUUCGAUGACAAGCCACUGAGUACGUUCAGUUCCCUUCUGGAUAAGAGGAAGCCUGUGGCUGCGCCGAGACUUAAGAAGCUGGGCAAUUCCAGUGUUCUGAGCCAAUUGUCACAGCUGAACAGAAUGUACGAAGCUGCCGGUCAGGAUAGCGAUGGCAGUGCUCAAGCUGAUGAAGAGGUCAAUCUCAUCUUUGGCCAAUCCAACAGGAUGCAACCAGAGGAGAAGACCACAACUCUGUCCGGCAGUUGGAGUCGAUUAAGAUCCAAACGAAAUUGCACGAAGCAAACUUCCCCCAAUUAUGCACAUUUAGAAAACUACAAACCUCGCGUAUCACCUGCUAAAGCAGAUAUAAUCCAUUCUAAUCUACUAUCGAUUCCUCUUCAUUCCCCAACAAACUCAUUGAGAAAGCCCACUCCUAAAACUGAAACUCCAAUCAUGACACGAACGACAAGUCCAGUGAAAACAACACCAAUUGCAAUUCGAAAAUCACUACCGACAACCGACAGCAAAAUCAUCUCUCAGGAGAAGGAGAAACCGAAGAGUGCGCAAGAACCACUGAAAUUGGUCUGUGGUACACGAAAAUUACGUGAUCACGAGCUCUCGUACUUUGGCGUAAACACAACACAGCAACGUGCCUCAGUUACUAAUGAUGCGAAGAAAUUGACUAACCAUGCCAAAACUGAGACGCCGAGCAGGUGGAAGUGGACGGAAAAGACGGACUCACAAAGUCGAAAGGAACCGAUUUACGAGAAUCUCAAGUAUCACUCGAAUUCAACGAGCAAUGUUGUACGACAUCCAAACUACGAUCGCGAUCAAGACAUUCUUGACGAACUCAAUAGAGCAGCAGAUGAGAUCUUGAGUUCAGUUUCCAAGAAUCACGAUGCGGAAGAAAGCCGAACGAGAAGGAGGAUCCAGUCGAAGCCACUGGAAACGAUCACCGAAGCGCGAUCAUCGACACCGAAGUCUGUCCAGUCGCGUGGUAUUCAAGUAUCGCGCGGCGGAAGCGAGAGUGUUCGACGAAGUGGAGUGGCCAGAUCAUCCUGCCGGGUGUCUUCUGCGUCGUCUUCGGAGAGCAUCCCCAGGCAGAUCCCCUCUUCGAGUUUGAGAGCUUCAACUCACAGCUCUAGCUCGAAGAGUCGCCACAGCACCAGGAGUCAUGAGGACUCCUCGUCCACGAGAUCGAGCAAGCGACGAGUGACGAGUAUGACGGAAUGCCGUCGCCUUCAUCGCACUAGCAGCAGGGACACAGUUCCCUCCCAAGCGAGCUCCUCUGAGGACGUCAACGAACCGAGACGACCGAGGCGAUUGAAGGUCAAGGAGAAGCCUGAGAGUUCAGUAACGGCUGAAUCUAAGAGAUCAACCAGUUCCUCCAAGAGCUCCUCCAGACGCCACUCGAAGCCAGAAGGAACUUCCUCAAGACCAAGCCGAAGCACUUCUGAUCAUCACCAGAAAAUCCGUGUCAAAUCUGGCAUUGUUACCACAACAUCAUCCCGAAAUGGUAGCAACUGGCUUUUGAGGGAGAGCCGAAUAGAGUGAGAAAGUGCGUGAAAUCCGAAAUUGUGAUUAUCUCAUUGAAUUUCUUAAUGAUUCGUCCACGAAGACAUGAGUAAAAUGAUUAAUAUUAUCAGUUGCUGUAACUUUAAUAUGCGAUUAACAGACAUUUUUUGCCACUCUAAUAUUUUUCUCAUUUUUUACUCCUCUUGUGUUUUUGUAAUGCAAAAAUCCCAAUUGAUUUUUUGUAUAUUGAUUUAUAUUAUUUCAUUUUAUUGCCUUAUAUUUUAUUAUUUGCAUUUCGACGUUGUGAAAUUCCUAAUUGAUCAUUAAACACCUUUUAAUCGCAA